AUGUUUAAGAGGAAGACUAGGGAUCCAUCAAUUCCGUUUCCACCACCGACUACAUCAAAGGAUUUUCGAGAUAUUGCAUCAACAGAAGAACUGAGCGAGCCAUGCAGGAAGAGAUUCUGUCGAUAUAUUUACGAUAAAGAGAAAAACUUAUAUUGCGGAAGAUCGUGUACGAGUUGGAUUUCCAUUAUCGCCUAUUCCAUCCUUUAUUUAACAUUUCUUUGCACAUACACCUUGUUAUUUCUCUAUGGCUCUCUAUGUUUGAUAAAGUUUUUGGACAAAUAUGAGAGCGUCGACAAAAUCGAACUCAUGACAUAUUCAAAACAAGGAAUAGGACUAUCAGCAACGCCAACAUCUGUUAAUACUCUACCGAUUAUAUCAUAUAAGGCUUACACUGAUGAUGAUAAGCAAUACGUUGAUGAAUUGGAUUCAUUCUUUAAACGAAGAAAGAGAUCGAGUGAUCUGGGACCUUGUGGGUCUUCUCCAUUUGGUUAUUGGAAUGAGCCUUGUAUAAUAAUACGUAUAAACAAGCAAAUAGGGUGGUCCGCAAAACCAUUGAGUAAUGAUACCAAUGAUAUUCCUCAGGAUGUUAAGAAUUGGAUGAAGACAGACCAAAAGCUAUGGCUACAUUGUCAUGGUUUUCAUUCGUAUGAUAAAGAGCAUAUUGGAAGGAUUACGUAUUAUCCGGAUCCGCCAGGUUUUGAUCCAGGAUUGUAUCCAAUUAAUAUGACAGAUGACACACCAUUAGUGGCGGUACAGAUAAGAGAUUUUACAUUUGGGAUAUCGUUGGCGGUGGAGUGUACGUUGUACUACGAGGGUGGAUCGUCAUCUGUUGCGUUCUUACUGUAUGUAACUCCCAAAAGGAAAGUAAUUUUAAGUGUGUAA